GAGACGAAGACGGCGGCGGCGGCGGCGACGCGAUCCGCGGGCCGUCGCCCGGGAGGGCUCCGCCGGUCGCCAGCCUCCUGACGAGCGUGGGGCGCCCGCCCAGCAGGGGGCCCAGGACGCCGGCCGCGGCGACAGGGGCCUCCGGCCCGGCCCGCCGCCUGGGCGCCGGCGGUACGAGGUGGACAGGGAGGACCUGCUGGACCAGCACGUGGGCUACUACCUGCGCCACCACCCCGAGGUCCACGCGGAGCACACCAUCGCCCGGAAGUGCCCCGGCGUGUACGACAUAGACGGCAGGGAGGUGACAGUGGAGUGGCAGUACGCGGCUGAGCCCGGAGGCCAAGCCACCCGUGGCCGUGGAACCGGUCCGCUGAGGCAGCCCUUCUCGGACUACAUGGAGAUGACGGAGG